AUGAAGUUCGUGCGGGUUCGGAUUCAGAGAAACCGAACCCGCUCAUCUCUAGAGGACACCUCUGAUCUGUUCCUCUGCCGGCCCUGGGGCAUCCUCUCUAUUCUAGAUGAGCAGACGUCUUUUCCGCAGGCUUCUGACGCCUCGUUCCUGGAGAAGUUGUCUGCCGGAUGUUGUACGAAUCCGCACUUUGCACGAGCGCGAGGAAAGAAUCCGGGAUUCAUUAUUCACCACUAUGCCGGGAAGGUGCAGUAUUCCGCAGUUGGGUUUUUGGAGAAGAACCGCGACACGAUCCCUGUGAACAUCCAGCAUCUCUUUAUAAACAGUGUAACCUCGUUACUGAGCCUCCUGUUCACAGCCAGCAUUUCCAGAACAGGGACAUUAAUGCCUGUAAAGAGAGACAAAGUUCAUCUGUCACAGGAUACAGCGGCUGCCCGCAAGAUGUCUGUAGGAGCGCAAUUCCGGCGCUCCCUCGGAAUUCUCAUGGAGAAAAUAAACUCUGCGAAUCCUCAUUUUAUCCGAUGCAUUAAACCCAAUGGUGAGAACCUCCCGGGAGUCUUUCAGCCGGAGGCGGUGCGGAGUCAGCUUCGUUACAAUGGUCUGAUGGAGACUUUGCGGAUCCGCAGAGACGGUUACUCGUGGAGACCGACGUUCCAGGACUUCGUGGAGCAGUUCGGAAUCAUCCUUCUUACACCUCACGUGACAGUAAGCAAAGAGAGUUGCGUCGGCAUCCUGCAGAGGGCGCAGCUGAGUGGCUGGCAGUGCGGGACAUCCCGCAUUUUAUUCAAAUACUGGCACCAGGAUGAGCUAAGCCAGUAUAUGCUGAGACUCCGGAACGCUGCCAUCACACUACAGAAAUGCUACAAGAGGAUACUCUGCCGACGCACUUUCCUGAGGCUGCUGGGUGAAGUGAAGGCCCAUAAUGAGAGAUUAAAGCUGGAAGAACAUGAGGCUGAGAGAGAGCGCGUGAGACUGCAGGAAGAGGCAGCGCACCGAUCAGUCACCCGACCUGUUCCUCGUCCACGUAAGAGGCCCCCUUUAUUAACGCAGAGCUCAGGAGAUGCCGCGGAGCUGCCGCCUGUACCGCGUCCCAGGAGUCAGCUGGUUCAGUUAUCCCCAUUUGACAACUCGAAGGUCCCCACUGUCACUGCACAUGGUGAGAGGAAGCUCAUGCAGAGACGCAAAACUCUGCUCUGGUUCAAGGAAACACAGGCCAAGAAAGUGCUGGAUGCGGGAACCUUCCCCCUGUGGCUACAUGGCAUGACAUCACGCAGGGACACAGAAAAUGUUCUGGUGGAUAGGGAGCCUGGAGAUUUCCUUAUUCGUAUCAGCCAGACCCAUGCAGGUUACAUACUGAGUUUCAGGGGCCAAGAUCGCUGCCGCCAUUACAUGAUUCAGGUGCUGUCCAAUGGCUGCUAUGUCAUUCUUGAGGAAGAUCGUGCUCAUCCCUCACUUAGCACUCUAGUGGAGUUUCACCACACUGUUGGAAUCCAGCCUUAUGGGGAAGUUCUGAGAAAGCCCUGUGAGAAGAGAGAGAACUGGGAUCCUGACUAUGAGGAGUUAAAGUUCCUAAGAAGAACAUUGUCGGUGGAGGGGGAGAAUGUUCAUAGUCCAUCUGUAAAUUCUUCAUCUGACCAUUCCGACUACAGGAAGUCACUGCCGCCUUCUCGCCUGCUUCCUCAUUUCCACAAGUCAAUUCGGAGAGCCAUGCAUGAAAUCCAGCAGCUCCCAGAGGAUUCUUCAGCAACCAGAGACAACUGCACGUGAUCCAGACUAGAACCUGAGAGGAUCUCAUGUUCCGGGUCAUAGGUCUUGUUAUAAAUGGCCAAGUAUGAAAGACGGAGGCUGGAGAAGACAAUGAUGUAAAUGUAGCAGAAAUAAAUGUGUCUUCCAUAAUCAGCUUUAUAAA